AUGAGGUUGAACCCCAAAAAAUGUUCAUUUGGGGUAGAAGAAGGUCAGUUUUUGGGCCAUCUUGUAACUAAAAAAGGCUUUAGAGCAGAUCCAGAGAAAGUUAAGGAUAUUCAAAAAAUGCAAGCCCCAAGAACAAUGAAAGACGUGCAAAGCCUCAAUGGGAAGCUUGCGGCAUUACACCGCUUCCUGUCUAAGUCUGCGGACAAGUCGUUGCCCUUUUUCAAAACUCUUAAAGGAUGCCUGGAGAAACAACAUUUUAGAUGGACCGAAGAAGCACAAAGAGCAUUUGAUAAGUUGAAGGAGCACUUGUGUCAACUCCCAAUGGUAACGGCACCAAAGGCAGGGGAAACGUUGCAAAUGUACCUGGCAGCCUCCGAAGAAACAAUAAGUGCAGUGUUGAUGGCCAAUAGAAAAGAAGGACAACAGCCAAUAUACUAUGUAAGCAGGGUGUUGCAAGGCCCAGAAGUGAGAUACCCCGAGAUCAAAAAAUUAGCACUAGCACUCAUCCAUGCAGCCAGAAGGCUGCGGCGCUACUUUCAAGCACAUCCGAUAGAGGUACUCACUGAUAAGCCAAUAAAGCAGGUCUUGACGAAGCCAGAAGUUUCGGGAAGGCUGGCGAAAUGGGAAAUAGAAUUGGGUGAACAUGAAGUAGAAUUCAGACCAAAGAAUUCGGUAAAAGGUCAAGUCCUUGCAGAUUUCUUAGCAGAAAGGUCAAGUCCCCAUAACAAAGCCUCGAAUAAUGUGGCAGAAUACGAGGCAUUGCUAGCCGGUCUUAAAAUUGCCAAAGAAAUGAAAGUCAAACAUCUUCACGCUUGUGUUGAUUCCCAAAUCGUUGCCUUUCAAGUUGACGGAACGUACAAAGCCAAAGAGCCAAUGAUGAAGAAGUAUCUGGCAAAAGCUCAGCAAUUAAUACAAAGUUUCAAAAGCUUCCGAAUUCAGAACAUAAGUCGGAACCAUAACAAGAUUGCCGAUGCAUUAAGUAAGUUGGCCUCCACUUCUUUUGCACACCUUACGAAAGAAGUCUUGGUGGAGACAUUAGCAAAAAGUUCAAUUGAAGCAGAAGUCCUUACCACAGCCAUCGAAGAAGAAGGAGAUACCUGGAUGAGCCCCAUAGUGGAAUACCUAACAAGUGGAAUACUUCCGGAGGAUAGAGACGAAGCCAGAAAGAUAAGGGUCAAAGCACCUCAGUAUGUGCUUAGAGACGAAGGUUUAUACCGAAAAUCAUAUCUGGGCCCCCUGUUGAGAUGCAUAGGCCCAAGACAAGUUGCGGAGGUAAUUAGAGAAACUCACCACGGAGCCUGCGGCUUACAUUCUGGAGCAAGAAUGGUGGUCGCAAAGAUAAGCACGAUGGGUUAUUACUGGCCCUCCAUGCACAGAGAUACGGUGGUGAAAAUUCAGAAAUGUGAUUCAUGUCAAAUACACGUUGCGGUUCCAAAAGCACCCAAGAGCGAACUUAUCCCAGUAACGUCAGCAUGGCCGUUCUCAAAGUGGGGAAUUGACAUUGUAGGACCCUUCCCACCAGCUCCAGGAAAAGUUAAGUUUUUGGUGGUGGCAAUUGAUUACUUCACAAAAUGGGUAGAGGCAAAACCCUUAGCCACCAUCUCUGGAAAACACAUAUAG